GGCAGGGGCUGCCAGAGCGAGGCGGAAGAGAAAGAGAGUCGCCUCGAAAAUGCCUGCCGAGCCGGACGCCGAACUAUCGUUUUCGCACGCCUGCACUUCCUGAAAGGCGAUGGAGUCAGAGGAGGAGCCGUUGGUGUCGGACAGCGACCCGGCCGAGAGCGAAGCCGAGGCGGCCGCGCCCCCGGCCCUGGCCGCGGCCCGCAACCACCUGGUCGUUUGCGGCGCAGCAAUGGCCGCCUCCGGCACCGCCCUGGUCGUGGCCCUGCCGAUGGCCGCCGCCCCCGCGUCCGCCCACCUGCCGUGCCCUUUCCUCCUGGCCACGGCGGCAACGGCCGCCUGCCUCUGCGGCCUGGCGCUCGGCCUGCCACGCAAGGGCCACCGGCGGGGCUCGUUGGGCUCGGUGGCGCGGGCCGGGGCCUUCCAGGGGGCCGCGGCCGCCGCCGUCGCACUGGCCGUCCAGCCCGGCCGCCUCCUCUGCCACCUGCAGGUGCCGCUCAUGGGCGUCGGCCUCGCUUUUGCGCUCGCGUUUUGCUUCCUCGUCUGUAGAAAAGUCGUCAGCUUACGGCGUUUGCUGAGCGGGCUGCUUGUGAUUCUGGGCGUAUUCGUCAGCGUAGAUCUGCAACUUUGCAACGAGUUCCGCUGCCUGGGUAACCAAGUGACGCCCCCCAAGAAAUCCGCCUGGCUGAGCAACGGCGGCCACCUCUUCUGGGCAGCAGUCUACGUGCUUGCGAUUGGACUGUGGGCCUUCUCGUGCGCCCUCCUUGAAAACUUCUUCCUUCUCACCAAGGCCAAACCAUCGUCGCUGCUGGUGAGCACCGUCGAGACCUGGACUGCUGCCCCCGACCUCCUUCCUCGCGGCGCCCCGGAGGAGGCCCCUUGGAGGGCGUCCAUCGACGUGGCCGCCGCCCUGGCCACAGCCCAACUGGCCGCCCUUGUCCUCUUUGCCAUAGUGUCUGCGCUCGCCGCCGUUUUGCUCAAGGACAUGUCCACGUGGUAUUGGCUGCUGAGUCUUUGCUGGUGCCUGUGGCAGGAGGCGACCUGCAACUGGUCAGGGUGGAUCCUGAGCGCCAGCUACGCUCCCUUCCUCUACACCACGUGCCACUUCCUGCGCACCUCCGAGUCGGCGCUGUUCACCACGGCGACGGCCGCCCUCGCGCUGCCCCUUUCAGGAAUCUGGUGGUCGCUCUUCAGGGCGGACGAGCAGGGCCAUUUGGAGGCGAGUCCCUCGCUGUCGGGCGACCUGAUCAGCGCCCUGCUCGGCCUUCCGGUCGUCUGCGCGGGCCUCGUGCUGUUCGUACGUUUGCACAUGGCCGAACUGCGAAAGCGCGUCCUUUGACGGACUGCUUCGUUUUGACUCAUGUUUAGCGAGAAAACCCAUUCCAUAUCAGAAAUAAGUAACAAACGGAUAAUUGAAUGUGCCAAAACUCACCCCCAUAUCCUCCAAGAUGAAAUAAUAAAUGUGCAUUGCAUGUCUCCGUCCCCCUGAGUUAUUUGUUUAAGAUUUGAAGUACAAAAUUGGCGACGGAGAAGCGCGUAUUGCAAAUUGAACCUUGUUAGGCAGAAAUGAACUUAUGAUUUCCUGGUAUUUUUGCGUGCGUGCCUUGACCCUUCAAUAACAUUUUCAGACUUUGAGAUUUUUAAACACACUCAUUAGAAGAGUAUUUGUAGAAUUGAUUCAAGGGAAACAUCAUCAGGGCUCACCUUGUACUUGUGUCCGUACAUUUCAACUUCUAGUUAGCAACCCAGCUAGCAAGUAAUUUUUUUUUCAACCAGCUCUCGUCUAUGCGGGCGAGCGUGUUUCGAGAUUUUACCACACUCGAAGAAAGAUAUUUUGUACCUAAAGCUCUGAUCGAUGCUACUCGCAUAUAAAAUUCAAUCCGUGCUUCCAAUUACGUUUUCUGACUCUAUCGAAUUUUAAUUUGCUAAUAAUAUGCUUCAUGCAGUAGGGGGUGAUUUCCCUUUUGAAAAAUCCACGAAUCUUUUCUUUUUACAAAAUCAGUGAAACUCUCUCACAAAAAACAGGUAAAAUUGAAUUGUGAUAUAUCUCCAUCUCAAUUUUGCAUCUCGCUUUUUAGAGGAAACGAUUGUAUACUCUUUCGUUUGCCAACAAGUUGCUGUCAAAACCUGUAACCUUUUAAUUACGAUUGAUCGUUUAGUGGUAGAAGUGUUUGAUGUGACAUGUGUAUUGCUGACACAAAAUUGUACGAGACUUUUAGGCGUAAGCAGUUUCGAAAUAGAUAUAUAUGCAUGCUGACAAAAGGUUUUACGAGAAACGAGCAAUCUAGAUGCAUAAUUUAUAAGAUUAAGUGAUUCGCACUUGAAAUCCUGCCAUGUGAACAUAUUGAUUGCAGUUGUGGUUUCCCACCUCAAGUGCCAGUUUGUUGAAUAUAUGAUACUCUCGUUUCUCUGUUACUCAAUUGUGCAGCUCUGCGACGAAUUAGGAACUGUAAAUCUAAGUUAAAAAUAAUUUUCGAGCUCUAAAAGAGGCUGUUGAUGUAGGUAGGAUUGACCAGGGUUUAAGUAGCUUUUGCAGUUUUUUUUUAUUAUUCUCAAGACUCUCCUUCUAGCGACGAAAUACAAUUUUGAAAUUUUGUUUUGUUUGCAGAAAACCGUGUUGUUAAAAUUGGUGUAUGAAGUGUUGAGUAGGGGCGAUAUUGCUGAUAAAUUGAACAUGAAAUGUGCCUUCACGCAACACUGACAGUAAAAGCAGGUGCGGUGAAAAACCAGCACUAUUUUUCCAUUCGCCAAAGACAUUUAAACGAGCACAUGCAGAAUUAAUUACAAGACAUUUUCCACGAACACACUGUACUUCUGCUAUUGUGAUAAAAUUCUUUAGGCGAAAUUUUCACGAAUUGCACUCUUAAUUUAAAUUUCGAUCGAAAUCACGAUUUUUUUCCCGUUUACAUUAUAGUGCUAUCCUGUUAUUGUUAUUAUAGCUCGAGCAAUGUGGGUGAUGUUGUCAAAGAAGUAAAUUAACGAAAUGAUUGUAGCCUGUUGUGUAAGAUGCAAGCAUAUUACAUGUUUGUGUGCACUCUCGAAGAAACAAAUUGUCUAACAGAAUGAUAAUAAAUGUUUACAUAAUGCUGCGUACUCAAACUAGAGAUAAUUUUCGUGCACCCUGCGAUGUAUAACCGUCGUGUAUUGGAAAUCGCUGUUGAAAUGUUGCGAAAGACAAAUGUUUUUUUUGUGAAAGCAAAAGUGUUAACGUCCCGAUUGAAAGGAAAUAAAAAAACACGAAAAAGCCUCUUGUAACAGGCAAA